AGUUAACUUGUGGAUAAAGUGGUUAUCAGGAUAGUUAACUUACGGUUAAGGUGGCUAUCAGGGCUCAAUGCCUUCCUUUUCACGAAUUCUCACAAUCUUACCGAUAUAGCUAUAUACCGUGUUGAGUAAAGCUAGCGUUUCAGAUCAGUUUGUCCAGGUGGCCCUUCAAUUCAAUGCAACAUGUUGACAACUUGAGAGUUUAACUUUUGACUAGUACAUAUAAUAUCGAAAAAUAUAUAAGCAUUGUUGAUUAAUGGUGGAUUUUGGAUAAAUUAUAAAUUUCGAAAGUAUAUGAUAUUGCAACUAUAACUGUCUAUAAAACAGAAAAUUAAUAUCAACUUGAUAUUAUAAAUAUGUCAAAACCCAAUCGUAGAGGUUAUUCAAAUAAAUAUCGAUCAGAUAAUUCUAAACACAAUCGUUAUGGAAAACACCGAGAACAAACUUCUGAUGAUACGGAAGAAUCUACAGCACAAAACGAUGCUCAGACUAUAAAACAAACCCGUGGCCAUCCCGCUGGGUUGAAAGGCAAAGAAAUUGGUUUAUAUUAUAAAAAUUUAGCGAUGAAAAAACGGUCUGGUCUCGCCGGCACUUGUUCUUCGUCAUCACAUUCUUCACUACGUGAUAUGAAAUAUUUUUCACUUGAUCCAGCUGUAGAACGAAUAAUAAAAAGUUCACUGGAAUCUGUAAUUACUUCAUAUGGUAAAGAACAGAUUUUAGCUACUGCUGGUGAUAAACAAAAAAUAGAAGAUAAAUAUACACAUAUUAUAGAUUCUGAAUUCAAAAGAAAUUUUUUGAAUACUAUUUCUAUUAGUAUUCAAGAAAAUUUAGCAAAAUCUAUGUCUAUGAAGGUAAAAUUAGUUAAGAAUGAGCGAUUAGAUGAACAAUUAAAAGAAGAACAAAUAUUGAGCACAUCAGCACCUGAAUAUGUGAAAAUGAUGAACUUUCGUGCAAAACUUCCAUCAUACAAAAUGAAAGAAGAAAUAUUAAAGACUAUUGAUUCGAAUCAAGUGGUAGUAAUAAGUGGUGAAACCGGUUGUGGAAAAACAACUCAAAUUCCUCAGUUUAUUUUGGAUGACGCGAUUGAAAAAGGUAACGGCAGUAGAACUAAGAUUAUAUGCACUCAACCACGAAGGAUAUCAGCUAUAUCAGUAGCUGAGAGAGUCGCAUUUGAAAGAGCCGAGAAUCUCGGAAAAUCAGUCGGUUAUGCAAUUAGACUUGAAAAAGCCGAACCUCGUGAUUAUGGAAGCAUCUUAUUUUGUACUACUGGUAUUUUAUUAAAGUACAUGCAAAGUGAUCCAGCUUUACUCGACUAUUCUCAUAUAGUUCUAGAUGAAAUUCAUGAAAGAAAUACGGAGAGUGAUUUUAUUAUCACUCUUUUGAAACAAGUGAUUCCUAAAAGACCAAAUAUAAAGAUUAUUUUAAUGAGCGCAACACUGAAUGCUGAGCGAUUUUCACAGUAUUAUGAAUGUUGUCCUAUAAUUCACAUUCCAGGUUUUACGUAUCCAGUAUCGAGUUUUUACCUUGAAGAUGUAAUUCAAUUAACAAGAUUUCGGUUUCCACCACCACCAAAUGCACCAACUAACUACAAAAAAUACUUGAAACCUUUUAGAGAAAAAAAAAAACAAUUUGACGAUUUCAAUGAUUUCAUUGAACCAGCAUUACGGCAAAUGGAAUUUGAAAAAUCAUAUCCGCCAUACGUUAUUAACGAACUUCGAAACCCUAAUAGUGAAGAAUUAUCGUUGGAUUUAGUGCAGGCAUUAUUACAGCAUAUUUCCGAAACAAAAGAAACUGGUGCUAUUUUAGUAUUUUUACCGGGAAUUGCAGAUAUUUCGAACUUGUGUAAAAAUUUGUCAGCAAGUGGGCGGUUUCCUUCUAACAAGUUCCAAAUUUAUCCUUUACAUUCACGACUUCCUACAGUUGAACAGAAAUUAAUUUUUAAAAUACCACCUGCUGGUAUUCGAAAAAUAAUAAUAGCUACAUCUAUUGCUGAAACUUCUAUAACUAUCGAAGAUGUUGUUUAUGUCAUUGAUUGUGGUAAAACGAAAUUAACACGAUUUGAUGCAGCUAAAAAUAUUGAAAUAUUGAAACCUGAGUGGAUAUCAUUAGCUAAUGCGCGACAACGUCGAGGACGAGCAGGACGAGUUCAGUCAGGUGUAUGCUAUCAUUUAUUUUCAAAAGCACGUGAAAUGACAUUCGAGGAAUAUCCUACUCCUGAAAUGAUAAGAACUCCAUUAGAGCAAGUAAUUUUGCAAGUUAAAAUAUUACAAUUAGGACGUGUAGACGUUUUUCUUGGAAGUGUGAUGGAUCCACCUGAAGAGAGAGCUAUAGAAGUGGCUUUAAAUUUAUUGAAAAACUUAAACGCUCUUGAUAACAAUGAAAUUUUAACUCCACUUGGAUAUCAUCUCGCUCGUCUUCCACUUGAUCCUCGAACAGGAAAAAUGAUUCUUUGGGCAUCUAUGUUUUCAUGUGUUGAACCAGUAUUUGCUAUCGCUGCAAGUUUAUCUUUUAAAGACGCUUUCUACUGUCCUAUGAAUAAAGAAGAAGAAGUGAAUGCUGCAAAAUUAAAAUUAGGCUUGGGACAAUUUAGUGAUCAUAUUGCUCUUGCCGAAGCUCUCCGACAAUUUGAGAAAGGGUCUGAUGGACAAACCCGUCGCUUUUGCUCGGAUCAUUUUCUAUCGUGGAAUAUACUUAAACUGUUGACAGAAAUGAAACAACAAUUUGCACAAUAUCUUUAUGAAAUGAAAUUUUUAGACAGCAAUAACCCAAGUGAUAAACGUGCUAACAAAAAUUCUCAUAAUUUAGACGUUGUAAAAGCCAUUGUUUGUGCAGGUUUAUAUCCGAACAUCGCUACUGUACAAAAUACCGGAUCAUUUGUUAAAUUAAAAACUGUCGAAGAUGGAACAGUAAAAAUUCAUCCUGGGAGUAUAAAUGCACGAGUAAAACAAUUACCAUUGUCUUAUGUAACUUAUUUUCUUAAACAAAAAUCUACGGCUAUUUUUUUACAUGAUACCACGUGCGUUAAUGAAACAGCAUUGAUAUUUGCAACACCUCAAUGUUUAAUAAGGCCACAAGGAAUUCGGUCAAUUAUCACUCUUAAUCAAUCGAUUUCGUUCAUUUGUAAACAAAGUACUGCAGAAAUAAUACAGAAAUUAAAAAAAGAACUUAAUCAAUUGCUGGAACAUAAAGUUAAUCAUCCAGAACCAGUCAAAUGGGAAUCUCAAGAAGGAGAAAUACUUCGGGCAAUUGUAAGAUUUAUAUCUCAAUCUAAUGGAGAUGAUGAAGAGAAUGCAGCCAAAUAAAAUGAAAAAUUGAGAAUAUUUAAUAUUUUGAGUUAUACUUUCUUUAUUUUAUACUAAUUAUCAAAUAAAUAAAUUUUUCAUUAACUAA